AUGGCGCACGCACUGAGUGUCCGCUCGUGUGUUUUUCUCUCGACAGCUCUCCUCCUCGUCGCGGGCCUGUCGCCUGAGGAGGACCGCGCGGUGUACAUACACCCGGCGCUCCAGGGCGCGCGAGGGGAAGAUUCUCCGCGGACACCCCAAGAAAACGAAAUGGAAGGGAAGCAAGUGGGUGAAGCUUCGCAGGGCUGUGAGGAAGGCGCCUUUGAGCGUGACCCGAACGUGCUGCUGUCGGGCGACGAAGCUUCGUCGUCCUUCUUCGAGAGCAUGGUCGCGAGCUUCCUCUCUCUCUUGUGCGACAUGUUCCCGCGCGGGCGAGGCGACAGCGGACUCGAAGAGAAGAUGUACGACGCCGCCGCUGCGAAGGAGGAGAUCGCGUGCGAGCGCCGCGCCAACGGCCUCUUCGGGAAGGCCGCCAGGUCUGGCUUGAGGAAUAAAUCCGAAGAUGGCAACAAGAAAAACUGA